AUGCACGUUCUUCUGACCAACGACGACGGUGCUCCACACGAGACCGCAAGUCCGUACAUCAAGUUCCUCGUGGAGGCUAUUCAGAAGUACACCAACUGGGAGCUGACCAUCUGCGUGCCCGCCUCCCAGAAGUCCUGGAUCGGAAAGGCUCACUUGGCUGGCAAAGACGUCUCUGCCUCCUAUAUCUACUCGGCGAUUGACCAGCCUGCGGACAAUUCUUUCCAUGGACCGUUUGCCCACGCUAAUGCCGAUUUUGCCAAGGACCCAAAGAUGAAAGAGUGGUGUCUUCUGGACGGAACCCCUGCCACGUGCGCAGACAUUGGAAUCAACCAUAUUGCCAAGAAGCCGGUCGAUCUUGUGAUCAGCGGGCCGAACGUUGGAAGAAACUGCUCUGCGCUGUACUCUUUGUCCAGCGGAACCAUUGGAGGAGCGAUGGAGGCUGUGCAGCACGGUAAGAGGGCCGUUGCUGUGUCUUACGCUUUCGAAGCCAAUUUUUUUAACGACCCUAAAGUUCUGGCCGAAGCGUCACUGAUUUCCGUCAAGCUCAUUGAGAAGCUUCUUUCCGUGUGGGACGCCCGUGUUGAUUUGUACACCGUCAACAUUCCGCUCAAAACGGGCCUGAAGCUCGGCGAAACCAAGUGUGUGAUGGCCCCAACCCUUGAUAACAAGUGGAGGAGGUCUUUGUACACCGCCGAAUCCGAGAGUCAUGAGCAGCCGGCCUCAGAUAUUGUGGACCAGAGCGUUACCCACGGAAGAACGUUCAAGUGGACUCCAGACUUUGACUCUGUGCACAAGAAUCUCGGGGACGAGAGUGUUCUGAAUGACACUAGAGCCGUGGCUCAGGGACUUAUUUCGGUCACAGCUCUAAAGGCUGCAUUCAAAGAGAUCGACGAUCUCAACUCUGGAGAGCUGAGCAUUGAGUAA